AUGAAGUAUCUUCUAGUGCCAAUAUCAACCAUAGGAUGCGGCAAAUCUACAGUUUUCCGCAUUCUUAAGGAGCUUUACCCAACGUGGGCGCAUGUGGAAAACGACGACUGUGGAUCGAAAAAAGAAUUCUAUAACAAGAUCUCCCACCUGCUUGAAAACCACCAGGUUGUGCUUUUGGACAGAAACAAUCACCUUGCUCUUCACCGCAAACAGAUUGUCGAGCUCUACAAGAAGCCAGAUGUCACCUUGAUUGCUCUUGUCUUGGUAAGGGCAGAUUCUGAUCGCAAACACUUGUGGAAUACUACAUUCAAAAGAGUCGAAAAGAGAGGCGACAACCACCAAAGCAUAGCCGGAAGUUCACAGAAGGGACUCGCCAAGGCAAUAAUGAGUAAGUUUUUGAAAGAUUUUUGUCCAUUUGACCCCACGAGCGAAGCCGACGCUGCGUUUGAUUAUUAUGUUGAUUUGGAACUCGGCGACAAUUCUUCUAUGGCCAACGCUGGACACGUUAUCAAGUUCUUGCACACUUUGAACCCAGAGCUUGUUCCUUUAAUACCAGACCCAGAUACGCUACGAAGAUUGUAUGAAAAGAGUCUAGGGCAGGAAAAGUCGAUCACACCCAGACAACAGAAGAUGAGACGAGAAAAGAAUAGAGAAAGCCAUCCUGCGAGCCCAAAGACUCUUAGUAAAAGAAGAAACAGGGCCAAUGAGACGGCGUAG